AUGGUUAGCGCCAACAGGUGGAUGAAGAUUUCUGUGAUAAUAUUAAAUGUGACGGUUCUGAUCUUUAUAAUACAUGUCAUAAUUCUGCUCAAUGCACCAGUCGAAACAAAGGAUGCACGAGCAUACACGUGGUACUCAACGCCUAAAUCGCAUCACACCGACAAGCAUCGUGUGUCAAGCAGCGAAUCAUUCUACAAUACAGAAACUAGAAAGCACAAAGUCAGAAGAGAUAAAAUGUUGCUGUUCUGGACGCCACAACACUGGUUUGAAGACUGGGUAGGGAAUAAAUGGGACACGUCACAUGUGUUUAGUAAAUGUUCAGUGUCGAACUGUGUCCUUACAAAACGUCGUGAGUAUUUGAGUAAGGCCGACGUUGUUUUAUUUAGAGCUAGGGAUUUAAAAAGCUGUCAACAGAAGAAAAAACGUGGGCAAAUAUGGAUAAUAUUCGAACACGAGGCGCCUCCAGAAUUUGUACGUCAUAUUAGUCAAAGUGAAAAUUGUAGUCGUAAUUUGUUCAACUGGACGAUGACCUAUCGGCGAGACUCUGAUCUCAUGUUUGUGCACGGCAAAUUCUCAAACGUCACAUCGCUCUACAACGAAAGUGAAAUAGAUAAAACACUGAAAGCUAAGACAAAAACAGCUGUAGCUUUUAUCAGCCAUUGUCCCACUCAAUCUCAAAGGUUGGAAUAUAUCCGGAAACUCCGUCAAUACGGCGUUGAUAUAGACAUAUAUGGAAGAUGUGGAACUCUACAAUGUCGCUAUAAACUAGGACUUAGUAAUUUUAAGGCGGUUUGGAACCUAACACCAAACAUGUCAAUGGAAAGAGACUGCUUUGAAGUACUGGACAGCCGGUACAAGUUCUAUCUAUCGUUUGAGAAUGGUUUAUGCGAUGACUACGUCACAGAAAAGUCACUUCAUCUUGUGUUACGUCACAAAAUUGUGCCAAUUAUUAGAGAUGCCGCCAAUCAUUCCUUGUUCCAUCCUCCAAAUUCCUACCUCGACACGAAGGACUUUAAAAAUAUCAAGUCAUUAGCGAAUCGCAUUAAAGUAUUGAGUCGGAAUUUUGACGAGUAUAAGAAAUGUUUACAAUGGAAGAAAUAUUUCUCCUCAGAAACAGUGAGUGGAGUGUUACAAACAAACUUAUGUGAUAUUUGUAAACGUCUAAAUAACCAACACAAAUACCAAAGACAGUACAGAAACAUAGUGGAAUUUUUUGUUUCGCGCAAUCCCAUAUCUCCAAUUUGUCACAAGCCAGCAGACGUAUGA